GGGCGGGGCGGCGAGCGUGCGCGCGCGCCUGCUGCUGCGGCCGCGUCGGCGCGCGCCCGCACUGCGCCUGCUCGCGUACUACGACACCGGCCUGCCGCAGCGCCCGCACAGGCUGCUCAGGCACGAGAUUCGCCUGCACACCACGGAGGCGAUUGAAAUUCAAGUGACACCGAGAAGAAGUUUAAAUAAGUCCAACGAAGAAAUGGUAGAAAACAUGAGUCUAGCUGUUGAAGUAAAAAAUGUUUGCAAAGAAAACGAAGGCAUCGUUAUAGAAGUAUUGGAGGUUUCUUUAUUAAGUCAGCAGUGGACUUUGACCGACCUUAUCUCCGCACCCAACAUGGACUCCGCGUUGAUUCCUCGUGAAAGAAUUCAUUACGUUUUUAAAGCUAAGAGAAUAUUCGAAAGAUCGGACAAAAGUAAAGUCGAGUAUUCCAACAUAAAAGUUGCAGGAAAACAUGCGGAAACCGUAGCAGAUGUUAACUCUUUGCCAUACUCGAAGUUCCUGAUGGAUAGCUUGCCCUCUAUCGACGAUGCGAUCGAUCCGAAUUACUCAGAAAGUGGAACAAAGCGAGACGGGUUGAUACAAUCCAUGCUUGUUGUAAGAUGGAAAGCGCACGACAAAAUUAAAAAUAAAACCUCAGUCGGACAGCACUCUUUGUGGAUUAACUGUUUUGCUAAAGCUUUGUCACAAGAAAAGGACUUAUCUCCCGAGCUGCCCAUACAGUUGGACGAUUUUGAAAGUAAAAACUUCAUUGAACCGAUAGAAAAAAGCGACAGUAAUAAUAUCGUUCUCUUCAGACUGGAACAUUCUAAUUACGUCAAUCAUAACUUUUUGCAAAGAAAGUUGUGCAUGAUACCUAUUGUCAUAAAUAUAGUUAACUGUUACGGUAUACCAGUCACUGUUUUCAUAGAUAUGACUAAACAACAAAAUAGGGAAUCGACAAGUGAGUUAGGUUGGGCGGGGGCGUUGAGUACGGGUCCGGACGCGGAGUGUAAGAGUCUGGGAGUGAAUGUGACGUUGCAAGAGUUCGAGUCGCGGCGCGUGUCGGUGCGCGCGCUGUGCGCCGCGCCCGGCACGUACGUGCUCGCGGCCGCCUUCACGCUCACCGCCUCCUGCGCCCUCGGCACGCGGCCCGCCACACACUUCUCUAACAACACCUCGCUUCUAGUCGUCAAACAAGCAGCUUAGCACAUCUUAUAACUAUUACAAUAUACAAAUACAAAUACAAAUAUUUUAGUGGUAAAAGUUAUUUACAGGUCAAAAUGUUAAAAUUGUUUUACAGUUACUGUGAAUUGAAAAUAAGACAAUCAUUAUGGUAGAAAAAAUGAAUUCACUGUAUAGAGCUUUCUGAAUUAGCCAGGACUUGUUUUUUUUAAAUGAUGCGAGGCUAGUAGCCGCUGUGACGUGGUCCGGCAGGCGAUCGUAGACUGUGGGUAGUAUUUUUCUUAGGGCCGGUCCUACCAAAUUGUAAAUUGUCUGUUAACCAUCCAACGUGUAAAAUAUGUGAUGGAAAUAUCGAAUUUUGUUACCUUAUCUAACAGUGACGUCAAUUUUAACUAUCACUUUCCGAGCCUCGUAUUAGCCAAUGGUGGGACAGGCCCUUAAUCUUUUUAAUUUCACCAGUAAAUGCGAUUUGGAUGGAUAGAUGUUUGAAAAUUUGUGUCUUAAACCUGUUGAACGGAUCCUAUUUAAAUUUGGCAUAGAUGUAGAACAAAGUCUGGAAAAACACAUAAGCUACUUGCUUUUGAUUUUUUUAAAUUAUCAAAACCAUGAAGUUUGUCCAUUAAUUAGAACUUAAGAGUUAAGAGUAAUGCUUAGUUCAAAUUGUAUUAAAAUUAUUUGCGUAUAUUUCACAUAUAUUCAUAAGAAUAUUUAUUGUUCUAAGUUAUUGUAAUUCCAUUUCAUAAAGAUGAUUCAAUAUAAACUGGAAAGAUGUUUUAUGAUUUUUUAAUAUUAUUUAUAC